UUGAUGAAUUGAUAAUACUCCAACUCCAACUCCUUCUAUUAAUAUUGAUGCUGAAUUACUGUACGGUCAAGUGUGAAAUUGCUUCUUCUUGUUUCUAUUAAGUUGCAGAUCCUAACAGCUAUAAGCGCAUAAGGUUAAGUAUUCAAGGUUAAUUGUUUAUUUACUCAAUCAUUUUUGGCAAUAGAUCCACUGAGAAUGAGCUUGCUUGCUUACUUGCUUGUUUAUACAGAUUAAAUUGAUUAUUGGUCAUGCUUAUUUGUUGUCAUAAUUUGAUGAUUUCCUCUUCCCUUCACUCCUUUUGACUGUUCCUGGAAUAUAGAAAAAAUGCAUUAUAACUUGAAAAGGGUGUGUAGUUUGUAUUCACUAACUAAUUAGUAAUUGCUUACUAUGAGUCCCACAUUGCCACUCAACAACAUAGAACCCUUCAUUACCAGCUAUAAAACAUGAGACAAGGACUGAGUGCUAGCAUACAAUUCACAAGCAAUUUUUUUCUCUCUGUUGCCAAAUCUAGAUUUUGAAUUUGGCCCAGUUCUUGAAAUAUUUUGAUUUUGAUAUUGCCCAUUUUUGAAAUUUGGAUUUGCCACAAUGGUAAAAAAUUGGGGUCACCCUUUAUUUGACUGUUCCUCCUGUUUUCACUCUUUCUAUUUCUUUCCAGUUACUUACAAACCAUCGACCUUAUAUUCAGGGUUAGAGAGACAAAGAAAGAAUGAUUCAGUGAGACCUUGUUCCAAUUCAACGACACACACUAUUUCUUAUUUCAGAAAUUGAAUAUAUAUGUUGUAUUUCUUUGUCUUUUUGUCAUUUCUGUUGUUAGUGUUGUUUUCCUUUAUCUGUCAGUUGCUUCUGAAACAGAAGGAGGAUAUAGCAGCAAAGACCAUGUCAAACAACGCUCCUCAUACAAAAGACAAGUAUGAUGUUUUUGUUAGCUUCAGGGGCGAGGACAUUCGCGACGGUUUUCUCAGCCAUCUGGCAGAGGCUUUUCGUCGAAAGAAAAUAAAUGCCUUCGUGGAUGACAAGCUUCAGAGGGGAGAAGAAAUAUGGCCAUCACUUGUUGGAGCCAUUGAAGGAUCAUUGGUUUCAUUGAUCAUAUUCUCUGAAAACUACGCUUCUUCACGUUGGUGUUUGAACGAACUGGUGAAAAUACUUGAGUGCAGAGGCAAGUAUGAACAGAUUGUAGUACCAGUUUUCUACGGCGUAGAUCCCACCGAUGUACGACACCAAACAGGGAGUUAUGAAACUGCAUUUCUUGAGCAUGGGAAAUAUUUUGAUCCGACCAUGCUGAAAAUAUGGAGUGAUGCUUUGAACAAAUCUGCUGAUUUAUCUGGAAUUAAGUCAUCAGAUUCUCAGAAUGAUGCUGAGCUACUUGAUAAUAUCACCAAUGAUGUGUUGCAUCAGCUAAGUAGGUUGAGUAAGCACACACUUAACUCAAAAGGACUUGUUGGAAUUGGAAAAUCAUUUGCUGAUGUAGAAGCCUUGCUGCUUAAAGACUCAAAAGAUGUCCGCAUUAUCGGAAUUUGGGGUAUGGGAGGUAUCGGCAAGACAACUAUUGCAGAACAAGUGUUCAAUAAAAUAUGUUCUGAGUAUGAAGGUAGCUGUUUUUUGUCAAAUGUAAGAGAAGACUCAACAAGACAUGGAAUAAUUUAUUUGAAAGAAAAACUUUUCUCCACACUAUUAGCAGAAGAUGUGAAAAUGAAGUCACCAAAUGGAUUGUCUGAUGAUAUUGGGAGAAGGAUUAGUCGUAUGAAGGUUCUCAUUGUUCUUGAUGAUGUGAAUGAUUCAGAUCAGCUUGAAUUAUUUGGAACUGUUGACACGUUUGGACCAGGUAGUAGAAUAAUUGUAACAACUAGAGAUCAACAAGUGCUCAUCGCUAAUAAAGUUGAUGAUAUACUUCACGUUGGAGAAUUGAGCUCUAGUGAAUCACUUGAGCUUUUCAAUUUGAUUGCCUUGAACCAUAGUCACCUUGUAAGGGAGUACUAUGAGCUAACAAAGAGGGUAGUCAAAUAUGCCAAUGGCAUUCCAUUAGUUCUUAAAGUUUUGGGUCAUCUUCUUUGUGGAAGAGAUCAGAAAGCAUGGGAAAGUCAGCUAGAUAAGCUUAUGGAAAUGCCAAGUAAAAAAGUUUAUGAUGUAAUGAUAUUGAGUUAUGAUGAUCUAGACCGAAAAGAGCAACAAAUUUUUCUGGAUCUUGCAUGUUUCUUUAAAGGAUUGAAUUUGAAGGUGGACUCCAUCAAAACUUUACUGAAAGAUAAUGAAAGUGAUAAUUCAGUGGCUCAUGGGUUAGAGAGGCUGAAAGAUAAGGCUCUUAUAACUAUUUCUGAGGAUGAUGUUGUAUCUAUGCAUGAUAUUAUAGAAGAAAUAGCUUGGGAGAUUGUUCGCCAAGAAUCUAGAGAAGACAUUGGAAGCCAAAGUCGAUUGGGGGAUGCAGAUGACAUUAACAAAGUAUUAGAAAAUGACAAGGGGAAAGAGGUUGUUAGAAGUUUACGGAUGCACUCGUCAACAAUGAGGACCAGGAAGCUCAAGUUAAGCUCUCACAUAUUUGUUAUGAUGAGCAAACUACAAUUUCUAGAUUUUUAUAGUGACCAUAAUAUUCUAGACAGUGAUGUUCUUCUUCCUAAAGGACUGAAAUCAUUGCCAACUGAACUAAGAUAUCUUCGUUGGUGGCAUUACCCUUUGAAAUCCUUGCCAAAGAAAUUUUGUGUAAAUUUAUUGCAGAACCUGGUUAAUUUAAAACAAGUUAAACUCUAUCGUUGUGCAUCCUUGAAGGAGCUACCAGACUUUUCAAAAGCCACAAAUCUUGAAGAAGUAAAUGUCAUGCAUUGUUAUGACUUGACUGAUGUGCAUCCGUCUAUUUUCACUCUUGACAAGCUUGAGAAAUUGGAGCUUAGUCGCUGCUCUUCCCUCACCAGCCUUACAAGCAAUGCUCAAUUAAGCUGCCUCAGUCAUGUACUAUGUAACUCUCGAUCUUUGGAGGAGCUUCCAGACUUUUCAAAAGCCACAAAUCUUUUAGUGCUUGAUGCAAGUUACUGUGAUCGGUUGACUAAUGUGCAUCCGUCCGUGUUUUCUCUUGACAAGCUUGAGAAAUUGGAUCUUAGUUUCUGCUCUUCCCUCACCAGCCUUACAAGCAAUGCUCAAUUAAGCUGCCUCAGUCAUCUCAACCUACAAAGUUGCAGUAAACUAACAGAAUUCUCUGUGACAUCAGAGAAUAUGGUAGAACUAAAACUAGGAGGAACUAAAAUCAAAGCAUUGCCCCCAUCAUUUGGUAGUCAAAGAAAGCUUGAAAUUCUAUAUUUAGAAGAAACUAUAAUUGAGAGCUUACCAUCAUGCAUGGUGAAUCUCACAAGACUACGAUAUCUAGACCUAAGAUUUUGUUCUAUGCUUCAAACAAUUCCAGAGUUUCCACCGUCCCUUGAAACUCUACUUAUCCAAGACUGCAGUUCAUUGAAGACAGCGUCGUUCCCUUCAACAGCUACUAAACAAUUCCAGGAGAACAAGAAAAGGGUCGAGUUCUUUAAUUGUGAGAGGUUGGAUGAAGAUUCUCUCAUGGCUAUUGGGUUGAAUGCGCGUAUCAAUGUGAUGAAAUUUGCACAGCAACAUCUAUCUGCAUUGAAGCAUGAUUUUGUUGAAAACUAUGAUGAUUACUUCCAUAAUUAUCAUUCUUAUCAGUCUGUGCAUGUAUUUCCAGGAAGCAGAGUACCAGAGUGGUUGGUAUAUAAGUCAACGAGGGGUUCUGUAAUUAUUGAUCUCUUUUCUCCUCCAACUUCCCCUCCGUAUGGCUUCAUUUUCUGCUUCAUCAUUUAUGAGUACCGAGUGUAUCGGACCAGAUUGAAAUUCAAAGUCAGCAUCAGGGAUAGUGCAGGUGAAGAUGAUGCUGGUGAAGAUGAAAAGGAUAGCGUUGAUGUUUACACGUCUUUUAACUACUCAAUUUUCACAAGAGAUCAUGUGUGUGUGAUAUACGACCAAAGAUGUUCUCGCUACUUAAGUAGUAGAUCACAAAAUCUGUCAAGGUUCCAAAUCAAGGCUACCGCAUGGUUUGUAGUACUUGGUGAAAAACAGAGGAUAGAAUUAAAAGCGUUUGGGGUGAGCCUAAUAAGCACAUCCGCGUAUGACAGGUUCGUUCGACAAAAGGAAUUGCAUGAUUCAGAGGGUAUCUCUGUUCAUUAAUCAAAUGGAAUAGAUUGUGCGUGGUAUCAUCCCAUUUGGAACUGGAAUGCACUAUUUCCUCUUUUUUUUUGGUGUAUCGGAAAGAUAAAUUGCACCCUUCAAAAAUUGAACCUUGGACUUCCCCCUCCCAACCCAUAUGUCCCCUAGCUCUUACCACUUGAGCUAUCACUCGGGGACAUUUUCCUCUUAUCUGUAAUAAAAAUAUUGAUUUAGUUGAGUAUCUUAUUUAUUUCAA